UCUCUCUCUCGUUCGCUCCUUUGAUCCGACCCAUUUCUUUACUCUCGUCCGUUCGUUGGUUUUCGGUUCCGAUUAAGUCACGGCUAUUCUGCUGCACAUUUUUCCAUGAUCUUAAUCCUGUCGAUCUAUUCUUUCAAGCAUAAUUUACUAACUAUACAUGUCUGAUCGAUGGGUUUCGUGCACGGGAAUUUCUCUUUUUUCCCUCCCUUUUUAUCGGUUCGACGCUGGUUCCAACUUCCAACAGAGGGUGCGCUCAUAGGAACGGCUUUCCCAUGAUUUAGAGCCUUUUAUCACUUCUUUUCUUGGAUGAUGGCUGUUCUGGCUUCGAAUGGCUACUGCCGCCAGUACUUGGAAACCUUCGACAAAAGGCGAGCCGUACAAGAUUUCACCUUCUCUGGGGCGGUCUCCGAUUGCAGGUCCCCAUAUUUUGCAACAGCCCUCGCUGACUGUCCGGCGACGAAGAGACUCCCGCGUAUCCUUGCAAUGGCACGCCAGACAGAAUUUGAUGGCCUCGUCACCGACAAUGGUGCCAACAAAAUGGUUCCGACCAAGGAUUUGGUGAGGAAAAGGAUUCCUUCUCAUCAGAAACCAGUGCCGAUCAAUGGUUCUAAGAUGGUCGUCAUCGGUGCCGGUACGAGCAAGAGGUAUAGCACAUCAGACCUCGUUCGAACUAAGAAGAAUAUAGCCCCCAAGGAGAUCACUUUCACCGAUGAGGUCAAAGUUUUGCCUUUAGAUGAAGGUUUCAGCUGGGCCAAUGAUAAUUACAAUUACUGGCAAAGGACUAUGGACAUUUGGAAUUUUGUGAUUUCUUUACGCAUUCGGGUUCUCUUCGACAAUGGAAAAUGGGCAUAUAUUGAUGGGUUUACAGAGGAGAAGCAGAAAAUCAGAAGAAGGAAAACUGCUUCAUGGUUGAGAGAAAAAGCACUACAACUCGGACCAACUUUUAUUAAAUUAGGGCAGCAAUUUUCAACCAGAUCUGACAUAAUCCCUCGGGAGUUUGUAGAUGAACUCGCCAAGCUGCAGGACAGGGUACCUGCAUUUUCACCAGACAAAGCAAAAGUUUUCAUAGAAUGUGAGUUGGGUUCUCCAGUUGAGUUAUUAUUCAAGGAAUUCGAAGAUCAGCCAAUAGCUGCAGCAAGUCUCGGUCAGGUACAUCGAGCAGUCCUUCAUAGUGGAGAACGAGUUGUUGUAAAAGUCCAGAGGCCAGGUCUAAAGAAGCUUUUUGACAUUGAUUUUAGAAACCUGAGGCUGAUAGCUGAAUAUUUUCAAAGAAGUGAGACAUUUGGAGGUCCUACAAGGGACUGGUUAGACAUAUAUGACGAAUGCUCAAGGAUAUUGUAUCAAGAAAUUGACUAUAUCAAUGAAGGAAAAAAUGCUGAUAGAUUUCGACGGGAUUUUAGAAACUUAAAGUGGGUCCGUGUACCUCUUAUAUAUUGGGAUUACACCUCAAGAAAAGUGCUGACCUUGGAGUAUGUUCCAGGAAUAAAAAUAAACAACUUGGAUCAGAUAGAUGCAAAGGGCUAUAGUCGCUCUCGGAUUGCAACACGUGCAGUAGAAUCAUACUUGAUGCAGAUAUUGAAGGCUGGCUUCUUUCAUGCGGAUCCCCAUCCAGGAAAUAUUGCUAUUGCAAUGGAUGAGUCACUUAUCUACUAUGAUUUUGGUAUGAUGGGUGAAAUUAAAUCUUUCACCAGGGAGAGAUUGCUUCAACUGUUCUAUGCAGUCUAUGAGAAGGAUGUAAACAAGGUUGUCAGAUGUCUGAUUGAACUUGAAGCACUUCAACCAACAGGGGACUUGUCAUCGGUGAGGAGGUCUAUAAAUUUUGUAUUGGAUGGUAUUUUGAGCCAAACAACCGAUCAUCAGCAGACUGUUGCAGUAAUCGGUGAGGACUUGUUUGCCAUAGCAACUGAUCAGCCGUUCCGCUUUCCAUCCACCUUUACAUUUGUCCUGAGGGCAUUCAUGACCCUUGAAGGCAUCGGAUACAUGUUGGAUCCAAAGUUUUCCUUUGCAAAAAUUGCUGCACCAUAUGCUCAGGAAUUACUGGACAUACGACAGAAGCAACCUGGUGGGACAGAACUUGUUGAGGAGAUACGAAAACAAGCUAAUGACGCCAGAGAUCUUACUAUCUCAAUGCCGUACAGGAUCCAGAGAAUAGAAAAUUUUGUGGGCCAACUUGAAUCCGGAGACUUAAAGCUUCGCGUCAGGGUGCUCGAGUCUGAAAGAUCCGCAAGAAGAGCCUCAGUAUUGCAGAUGGCCACCAUGUGCUUGGCUCUAAGUGGAACCCUGCUGAAUGUCGGCGUCACAUUGGGCAGCCAAGGACACCAAGCCAUUGCAAACGGAUCGUUCAUUGGUGCUGGUAUUUUCCUGGCACUAGCAUUCAGAUCCAUGGGAAAAGUGAAAAAUCUCGAAAAAAUCGAGAAGAUGAUGUGAUGAUGAUCCCAUCUGAUUCGGUCUGGAAAAUUUCGAAGAAGUUUAAUUCAUCCCACUUCAUCAAGAUGGUGAUUAUUUUGAUGUGAAUGUCAAUGCGCAUCGGUUGCUAAGAAUCAUGAGCCAGUAAAUGUAUUCCCCUAAUUUUUUCCCAUGUACAAGUUCAAUUAAGAUGCUUAGACGUGUAAUCAAUUGUAUAUAUUUUCCCUGGCCAAAAAACAGGUUUUCA